UGGGCUACAUGGGACUCUUUUCAGAAACUAAAAAAGCAACUAAGUAUACACACACACACACACACACACACACACACACACACACACACCCCACUGGGUUUCAACUGGGAUUGUGUAGAACGGCUACACGAGGUAAUAAUGCUCCCUAGUAGUAAUGAUGCUUCUUUAGGCAAAAACCUAGAAACCUUGUCUUCUCCCACCCUUUCCUCUGCCCUUUACCCAUUGCCCAAAUCUAGAAAAAGGUGGGGUUUUAUUGUUGUCAAUCAAGGACAGAGUUACAGCUCUGGGGUUGAGGCUUUGGGAUCUUGGCAGGUGAAGCACCCUGCAGGCCCUCCUUUGGAAGCUGCUGUUAUGAUUCUAAUAAGCUUCCUGUGUGGCUACCUGAAGAGCAAUUCCACUACAGACACGGGGUAGGGGCAGCGGGAGCGGGGAAGACGGGAGGAUUUUCCCUGUUGAGCUCUGUCUCUAUGAGGAUCUGUAUUACUCAGUUUUUCUGUUGCGGAAAGUACCUGAGAACAACUUAGGUCCUAUCCUAAGGGCAUACGUGGCUGGGUUUUUGGCCGUGGCUUACCUGGCUCCAUCUCUUUGGGCCUGAGGUGAGACAGAAUAUCAUGGUGGUAGGGGUGUCUGGCAAAGAAGGCUGCUCAUCUUAAGGCAGCCAGGAAGCAGAAAGACAGUAAGGAAUCAGGGUGAAGGUAUAUCAUUCAUGGGAACCCCUCCCCCCAAAGGCCUACUCCUCCAACAAGGCCCCGCUUCCAACAUUCCACCCCAGAGUCCAUCAGUGGAUUAAUCCUUGAGCCACUGAAGCAGCAGUUCUCAACCUGCGGGUCAUGGCACCUUUGCAUAUCAGAUAUUUACGUUACGAUUCACAACAGUAGCAAAAUUACAGUUAUGAAGUAGCAUUUGUUUACAUAACAUGAACUGUACUGAAGGGCCGAAGCCUUAGGAAGGUGGAGAGCCCCUGCUGAAGGGAGGGCAUAUUGUCUCUAGAUGGUAGUAGCCGAGCUGAACUGAUUCUCCACACAGUUCAUCUGCCACUCACUUAAAAGUUUGGCUGCAUGGAUGUUACAGGUCUGGUCUUGGACGUUAAGUGUGAAGAAAGGACUUGGGAACAACAGAUGACACCUCACACACAGAGCCCUACAUCUACAGUCAGGUCCCCUCGGCUCCUAGCACCCCUCUAAGUUGUACUUGGAUCUGCAGUUUAACUUGCAGCUCCUCAUUCUCUUCUCCUUAUGGCUGCCCCUGGAGAUAGCGAAUGUUCUUGUAAACAUGUAUUGUUCACUGAAGAGACAGUGAAAAGGGCUCAUUACAACAGACUCUUGAGGGUACAGGGAUGCUUAAAACACAGUCCCCACUCUUGAAAAUUUACAAUUUGGCAGGGGCGACACCAAACAAUAUUUGGUGAGGUGUAGUGGGGACCAUGACCUGAUAUCUGCAGAUAGAAAGAGCUCUUGGGAGGAAACGAGAGAGACGGAAGUCCUGGAGACUUACUCCUGUGUAGGCAGCGCUCAAGGACGGCCAGCACAGUGAUCUGUAGGAGCCUCAGGAACAUUCUGGAACCACCUGUUUGUCUGGUGGGUCUCAGGCGAAUGCAGCACAAGACCUGAACAGGGCUUGCUGAAUUACUGUUUCACCCAUGCAAGAGGACCCACAGACCUUUGUUAGGCUCCAGCUGCUUCCUGACUCUUACAGGAUGGUGGUGGCCACAUGUGGGCCACUGUCCUGCCUGGAUAAGCAAACAUAGCUGUGUAUACAGAAUGUCAUCACAUGGUCAUGCUGUUGUGUGUGCCGCAGCAUAUGAAGAUAGGCUUGGGCUGGGGACAGGCGCUUGCAUGGGGAAUAGGAAGAUAGUAGUGAUUCAGCUGAAGUUCAGCCUUCACCCUGUCGUUCCCCUCAUAGACAUAGGGUUUGGAUGGCAUCCCCUGUCUCCCAUCCUGCCCACAGCUGUGCUUUCCCUUUAUAUAUUGGCGUCGCUUACCUAGAAAAUGCUGUUAAGGGUGUGGUCCUGUCCUUCCAUAGAUUACUCUAUUUGCUUUUGAAAACCUUGGUCUUCUGUAAGUGUCCCCAUUUCUCCUGUGGCCUGCUUAAGAGAUGAAACCCGUUUUCCCUGGCAGUUGACAGCUCCUGCAGCAGGAGCUGGAUGUGGAGGAAGUGUGUCUGUCAGAGGUCAGGUUGUGUAUGCCAUAGGAACUCAUAACUGGCCCUGGUGUGGUUAAACAUCAUUCCCAGUAGGUUUCUUUGCCACCUUUAAAGUUGUGGGUGUUAGAGGAAGCCACCUUGUGUUUCGUUUUAAAAAUCUUUUCUCAUCUAUAAAAUGGGAUCAUAACAAUGUUAUAGAUGCAGAUGGUUAACUGGAAGUUCCCAUGAGAUAGUACAGGGAAAUGGUGGUGUGAGAAGCAAGGAUAUGGAUAGGCAAGGGGUAUUAUUAAAUGGCAGUGGGAACCCGGAAUUUAGUGCUACCUCUCCCACUUUGCUUCUGUGCAUCCCCCACACUCGUUCGUUCGUUCAUUCAUUAUUUACUUAUCCAUUCAUUUGAGACAGAGCCUCGCUGCCUCACUGGCCUGCAUGGAAGUCAGUAUGGAGAUAAAGCUGGCCUCGAACUCCAGAGAUUUGCUCUGCUUUAAGUGCUGGAUUAAAUGCAUGCCACCAUGCCUGACUUCUUGGGGGUUACAAACAGUUCAUUAGGGGACAGCUUUGGUUUGACCACAAUAAUCCUCAGGAGGGGACUUCAUGGGGCUUUAACUCUGCGACUCCAUUCCUGGGUCCCCUGCUUCUUUCCCUUCUUGCUCCUCCGGAAAAGCGCAUUGGUCCCAGAGUCCCGGCCAGCUCCUAGAAGCUGGGGUAGGUCCUAGGGAUGAGGGAGAUGAAGGUCGUGCUCCUCCGGAAAGAAGGAUGGCCCGGGACGGGGGUGUCGGAACACUGGGGUGACUCCUCCUGCAAGGCAACGCUGGCCCCAGAAUCUGGACCCCUUUCUUCCCCGGACAGGCGCAGCGCUCGCUGCCUCCCCUUUCUCCACCAGGCAAGUUGUUAGCCGGUUAGACCUCCCAGCCUCACGGGGCUGCUGUGCGGAAGCGACUAAGCUGGCGACUGCGGCUCUGCAGCAGAGGGGCUGGUGAUUGCAUCCGGAAGUGCCCAUGACAGAGCUGGUGUCCUCCAGGGGAGGGUCCCCUAUAGGGGACAGGGAGGAGGGUCUGGGAGACGAUCAAGGCCUGGUUAUCCACCACCCAGCGGAGGAACAGUCCCACCGCUGCCCACUGUGCGGGCAGACCUUCUCCCAGCAGCCUAGCCUGGUGCGGCACCAGAAAGCGCACGUGGGGGCUGGCCGGGCAGCCGCCUUCGUGUGUCCCGAGUGCGGCAAGGCCUUCAGCGUCAAACACAACCUGGAAGUGCACCAGCGCACACACACCGGCGAGCGGCCCUUCCCCUGCCCCGACUGCGGCCGCUGCUUCAGCCUCAAGCAGAACCUGCUCACGCACCAGCGCAUUCACAGCGGCGAGAAGCCGCACCAGUGCGCGCAGUGCGGUCGCUGCUUCCGCGAGCCGCGCUUCCUGCUCAACCACCAGCGUACCCACGCGCGCAUGCCCACACCGCACCCACGCCGUCCCGGUGUCUUCGGGGAGCGGCGACCCUACUUCUGCCCUCGCUGCGGCAAGAGCUUCGCGCGUGAGGGCUCGCUCAAGACCCACCAGCGCAGCCAUGGCCACGGGCCUGAGAGUCAAGCGGCCCAUUUGAGCAGUGUGCUAUGAUCUGUGGGAGACCUACCACCACCAGCUGCCUCCAAUCCAGAAGCCGCAUCCAAGGGUGCUGAGUUGCAGUCCCCUGUCUGGAUGGGCUCCUGGGAGGAGGGUGGGGCCAUCUUAGGGUGUUGAUAGGCCUCCGGGCCACAGCCCCCUUUUCUUUCUGACCCUGGACCCCUUAGCUGGCUGCAUGUACCUUUGGGCACCUGCAUUAGUUUGCCUCCUGCGGCUGCCUAGAGCAGGUGAGAUCCAGGGCUGGCCAAAGUCCCCUGAGGUUUGAGGGUGGUGGGUGUGUAGUGUUGGCUGUCCAGGUGAGGACUGGGCGGUGGGGCCUGUGUUGGUUUCCAUGACUUGCUGCUUACCGGAUCUUCAUUCCCAGCGUGUCAGACUUGAAAGCGACUUGAAGAGGGACAUUUGUCACAGUUCCCAGGCCCAACCUUGGUCCCCAAAGCCUCAGCCUCCUGCACCCACUGUCUGGUGGCCUUGAGAAGCCAUUUCACUUCUUGUCUCAGUUUGCUUAUCUGUAAGUUGGAGAUGAAGACGAGAGACAUUUCCUCUUCCCUUGGGUACCACGAGACUUCACUGUUAUCAGAAGAAGCCAUUUGUCUGGAGAGUUGUACUAACUAGUUCUGGGUUGCGCUCUGCUCCACUCUUGGUGGGACCCCCCCAGGCCCAGGCCCUUAGAAGCCCCCACUCAUGCCUGUGACAGGGUGUCAAGGUGUCUGCACAGAGAUACAGGCCUGCUCUGGGUUGGAUGGUGACUGGCUUCCCCUGAGAGGUUUCAUGGCUUUGUAUUGAGUCCUAGAGGGACAGAAUUGCUGUAGGAAGAGUCAAGGUGUGGAAGGAUGGCUUCGGGAAAGCAAGGGCUAGGAUUUGUUCCACAAAUCAGAGGACAGGUACACCAGACAUGUGCCAUGAGUACAGGAAGCACCGACCUGUGAUUUAGAAUGAGAACAGAGGCCCUGGAAGGACAGACGGAUGAACAGAGCUUUGAGGUUCAUUCAGAUAAUGAGAAGGGAGGCCUUGGCCAAGAUGACCAAGAUCAUCUGGUAAGAAUGCUAGCUAGGGCUUGCUUUAAGAUCCAUGUUUACAAGUUGCACUCUGAGGCACUGGCCUUCUCUGCCAUUUGACAAACAAGGAAACCAAGAUUCGCCCAAACUUGUUCCAAAUUACAGCAGAUAAUUAGUGUUACUAGUGUUAGUAGGUUGUCUGGGCUUUGUUUUCCAUUUUGAACCUGAAAACCCUUUAUCUUUAUUGUUGAAUUAUUGAAAAUGUAGCUGGGAGAACCUGGGCAUGUGGCCAGUGGCCAGGUAUUAGGCCAUCAUGGGUAGGGCAUCACUGGAUUUGACAGAUGUGGGGACUUGAAGUUAGGAUGCUGGGGACUCUGAGCAGGCCUCUGUUCCCUGAGCCCGUGUGUUCAGCCAGGCCUGUGCUUGGUGUUGAAGACAGUUCAUUGCCCUUGCUCUCUGACCCACCUCAGUGCCAUGUGGCUCCUCUGGAACCACUGGCCUCUGCCUGAGAUCCCUGGUGGCUAUUGUAAUGUGGACUAGUAUUUAGUGGCAGAAAAUAUUUAACAAGGUUCUGGGAGAUCAGAAGCUAGUCAGUCAGUCAGGUACUCAGACCCAAGGCAUGUCGUGUGUAAACAGGCUAAUCUUGGCAGUGCUUUGUUGGGGAGUAGUAGUAAGAGGGUUCUCUUAAGGUCCCAUGUAGACUAAGAGUGGGUCACAUGAAUGUGUCCAUGUAGUUCAGAUGGGCUGGUAGGCAAGGCCGUGUCACUAUAAUGUACUGACCAUGGUCUCUGCUUCUGUGAACAGAUACGAAACGGACAGGAUUUUGUGGCCCAGGACCUGCAGGGUGCAUCUAGGCAUGGAAACUAAAAUGGAGUCUCAAAAGUCCUGGGUUCCUGGUGUGAGGACAUGUCUCUUCAGAAGACCUACCUCUGGAGGUGCCCUGUGUUGAGUAGAUGAAUUAGCAGCUGAUUCCAUGCCUUGGUGGGAAAACUCCCCAAAUCUGACUUGAGUCACAACUGGGCAAGCCUCGUUUGAGUUUCUGAUUCUAGACCUCAACUCAGGUGUUGGGGCAGAGACAGCACCUGUGUGGAGAGGCGGUUUCUCUCUCCCAGCCUGGCCCAGCACAUAGUGGAAGGGCGGGGCAAGGAGUGACUGUGCUAUUGCAGCAAGUUGAUGUCGGACUGGGCUCAAGCGGCAAAAUUUCCCUCAAGAUGUGAACAGCACCUGAGGGCUUCCGUGCCCGUUCUGAGCCAGAAAGGGUAGCAGUUCAGGGGCUUGAUGAAGGCUAAUGAAGGCUGUGGACCUUCUCCUAGAACUCAUGGAGCAUUCACAGUGCCAAGCAGUUUCAGGAGCCCCUGGACUCCAGCCUAAAGACUUCAGCCCUGGGGAUUCCAUCUCCCAUCCUUCCCUUACUCCACACAAGUGUUGCUCUCCUCUUGGGAAUAAAGAAUUCUGAGGCUGA